UGUAAAUCGGUACUUUGCUUCGAUGGAGCGGUGGGCCGAUGUUGAGUUUCAUCGCAAAAAUUAGAAAACUCCCGGUCCCUACUGACUUCUAGAGCUUUGUAUGGCACCGUGCAGAAAUGUCUACGAUGUAGGGUUCGCAUUGCAUUGCUUCCAUGUUCGGCUUCUGCAUCGGCCUCGGUAUUUUGGUUAACAAGAGCCUGGCUUCUCGGACGCAGGCCUUGUAGAUUAUGCUCUCCUUCAGCGUUGCAAGCAGCUGCGAGGAUGGUCGAAAUGACCUCAAUGCCGGUCGAGGAUUAGGUUCUCGUAGAUGAUCUGCCAAAGUAUUCGAAUCUUGAGGGACACCCUCUAUCGAUACAGAAGUUAUCGUAAGUGUAGGGCCUCUAUCGAGCUACUUUUCUCGAGGGAGGAGAAAAUGCACGGGAGAUCUCAAUCGAAGCAAUCAGAACCUUCUAGUCACCCAUUGCUGCAGCCAACAGGUGUUGAAAUCAAGCUGAGGUCAUGCUACAACUUAUUGGGCUCUUGCAGCAGUUUCGCAGGUGGCUCGUACGACUGACGUGAAAAUCUGCCCAUCGAGAGCACGAUGUCCGUUGGGUUAAGUAUUGUUGUCGUCGCCGUCGUCGUCAUGAUGGUCGGAGGGGUCAUGGCAUUCGGGUGCUUCUUUCUGGCUCUUGAUUAUUGCUGUAGGCGAAGAAGAGAUGCGCAGCUUCAGCUUCAGCCUCAGCCUGUGGCCAAUCAAGAGCAUUUAAAUCAUGAACACUUUCUUGGUCAAGUGAAUGCAGCACAAAAUCAUGUGCUCGAUUGAUACCCUAGUAUGAUGAUCCGGGAUGGAUUGGAUUGGAUUGGACAUGGAUCCUUUGAUCAUUUUCUUGCAACUGCUGCAGCAAGUGAAGGCGAAUCAGACCAAGAGCGACAAUAAGAAGGCGGACGUCAUGACUUCGUUCUUUGCUGCUUCAUCUCCAUUUCAGCAUGUGUGUAUUCACAAGUCGUUCCUGAUGAUGAUGGAAGACGGCUCCUUGAGUAAGCCCUCAAGAAUGAGACAGACAUUAAGAAGCGGCAGAUGCAGAUAUAGGUAGAAUUUCUCUCUUUGAUACUGCCAGUCAAGGAGCCUUUCACUCUGAAAGAAACAGUGUGAAAUCAUGGCGUAGCGUAACAGGUACUGGAGGUCCUUCUUCGACGAGCACUUUGAUUCUAAAGCUGACUCAAGUUAAUCGAAUGAUCAUCAGGUUUAAUUAGGUUUGUCAUUUCUGACUCCAUAAGUGUUGAAGAUUCACGCACGUUCGGAUUUGUAGCGCCGGCGAGUAUUUGUUUAAUCUAGCUAGAGGGCAGUUUAAGCACCGGACAUGGAGUUGUGACUGAUCUAAGUAAGGAGAAUUGGUUGCCUAACGUGU